GCCACAUACAUAAAUUCCCUUAGGCAAGGAACUAACAUACAAUUGUCUCUCUCUCUCUCUCUCUCUCUCUCCGGAGUGUCAGGUUCUGUCUACAGCAAGUAUUUACAGCAAGUACAGCAACUGUGAAGUACAUCAUAGUGACUUGUGAUACAGUAGUGUUAGAUUGCAGAAUAGUGAUUACAGUAUCGAACCUGAGCCCUAGGGGCUCUUGUAUGUACGUAUGUACAAAAAAAUGUAUGUAUGCUUGUUUGUCUGUUUGUCGGUCUGUCUGUCUAAUUCGCCUGUCUGUUUGUCUUUCUGUUCGUUUGUUUGUAUAUAUUGUCUGUCUACUAUUAGCUAAUUGUUGGUAUUUAUGUGGUUCCUGUGUUUUUAUCUAACACACCCUCAUAUUAUCGCACCACGCCCACUGCCCCACCUUAUAGCUAAACCGGACGUCUAGCUGCAGCAGUUCCUCUUUAGACCUUCGCGCAGACAAGAACACGCACCCAGCGUGUUGCCCAGUGUUGCAGUACGCCGCCGUCCCAUGCAGUCUGUCUUCUUCUCGUGAGAUCUCGAGCGACGAGCUAGGAUGGACUUCUACGCGACGACGAGACAAAGAGUUCUCGGGAAUUACUUCGACGAGAGACGCACGACGCUGUACGGAUCAGAAGUCAAAGUCAAGAAGCACGCACUACUGGCUGGUUAUCAUGCCUGUUGGUUGGACUUGGUGUUGGUUGAGUCUGCAGGAGACGACCCAGGCAAGUCGACAAGAGACAUCAUCUUGCUUCCUCACACGAGCAAAUUUGAGACGUCAGACUUUCGUCCAGCGAAGGCCAUCUCACUCAGUGCUGUACAGUACGCAUUUCGAGAGCAGUCGUGUGAGAUGACAGCCGUAUAUCCAAACAGUGUACGAUAUACAAUCAGAUUCGCUAAUGACAAUGAGAUGGCAUGUUGGAAGGCGGAAAUACAUCAAGCACAACACAUCACAUUUGACGAUUACAGUGAGAUCAUGUUCCACAUCGUCACCGUCGACGACAGUCCCUUCCACGCCAUCCUGAAAACCUCGCGCGUUGACUCGACCGCUCUAGUAGCCGUCGAUCCUAUCAACUUCAAGGAAAUCCAGGUGUGGUCCAUUCCAUCUCUCAUCAGUCUCACAGUCAACUACAACAACGGCGUCUCCCUCACAUUCUCGUACAUCGAUCCAAUAAUGCAGGAAUUCAACGAGGACGAGGUGCGGAUCUUUUCAAAAUCACCGGUCGUAAUGGGUGAAGUGAAACCAUUCCUAGACGGCUUCCUCAAGCUCCGUCUUGGCGACUUGUACGUGGACAUCAAAAUCGAGCAGAAACGGUUCAAUCCGGAUCAGUCAGCCGUAGCUUCGUGCAUUUCCGAAUUCUCCGAGUUGAAGUACAUCUUCCCUCGUGGUCAAACCAGAAGUCAAUCAAUACCAUUGCAUCCACGCUCUCCUGUCACGUUGCCUCCAGGUCGAUCACCUCGACCAAGUUUGCCAGCCAUACCGGCUCCACGUCAAGUCAAAUCGUUUGUAGGUAUGCCACCAGGACAGCCAAAUUUCGGUACGUUUCCUCACAGGAGAGCAAAGGCAAAUACUCUCAGCCCGUCAUUAGAGAUUCACCAUUCUAUCUCAUCCGAUGAUAUCAAGAAGGCCUUCUCUAAUUCGAGUCCUUCUCAGAGACGUUUACCUUUUCAAAUAAUCGGUAAACUGCCCCCUGCCAAUUUGAUUCGACCGGGUGUUGCUCCAGAGCGUUAGCUCAACUGUUUACUGACAUAGAAUGCAUAAUGCAGUCAAGUCUCACCGAGUAGCCAAUUGACUUUAUAGUGUUAUUGACAUUGUUCUGGAUCUCUAGUUGCCCAUAGACAAGACAUAGCAGUUGUGGUGCUAUUGUGAGGCAGCAGAACAUUCGUAUUUUGAUGUGACAAUUUGUCAUUGCUGCUCAUUUGUAAUACAUUUAGUUAACAUGUCUGUUUGUCGAAUAAAAAGCAAGGAAAACUCU